GCGUGAACCGAAGCCGCCAUAAGCUUUCUUCAGAAUGCGCCGGAAAUCGCCAGAACACUUCAAUAGCCACUAUAAGUCGCCUAGCAGGCCUCGGCGAAGAACACCACCAAAUCCCCAAAGCAGUAGAAGCAAUCUUCAGUGUCCAGAGAAUCGUCUAAUUCUUCACUCGAACAGGUGAGAAUGUCUCUGAUUCCAAGCUUUUUCGGUAACCGCCGCAGCAACGUCUUCGAUCCGUUCUCCUUGGAUGUUUGGGAUCCGUUCGAGGGAUGGCCUUUAAACUCGGUCGCUAACGUUCCGUCCUCGGCUCGGGAGACCACCGCCAUCGCCAACGCUCGCAUCGACUGGAAGGAGACGCCGGAGUCGCAUGUCUUCAAGGUAGAUGUUCCUGGACUGAAGAAGGAGGAGGUCAAGGUUGAGGUGGAGGACGGCUCGAUCCUGCAGAUUAGCGGCGAGAGAAGCAAGGAGCAGGAGGAGAAGAACGAUAAGUGGCACCGCGUGGAGAGGAGCAGCGGCAAGUUCCUCCGCCGCUUCAGGCUCCCGGAAAAUGCGAAGCUGGAUAAUGUGAAGGCGGCGAUGGAGAACGGUGUUCUGACGGUUACUGUGCCUAAAGGAGAGGCGAAGAAGCCGGACGUCAAAGCCAUUGACAUCUCCGGUUAAAUCUGUCACAUCUAUACAUAUAUAUACAUACAAUUUCCUGCUUGUCAUUUCCAUUUCCGUUGCUCGUUUCCUUGUCUCGCGUCGGUGUGUUUGGCUUGAAUAAUGUCUAUUGCCUCUCUGUAAUGGAUCUGUGUUUGGAUCGAUGUGUUGAGUGUUGUAUGUGAUAUUGGUGUUGCUUUUGAACCGGUAUAAUUUCUUCAA